CGAAUAUAGAAUAUUUGAUGAUUACUUUUGAACAUGUCGUUAUCUCACUUGUAUAUCGAUAUUUUUUUUGACAGAUGUUAGAUUUUAUUUAAGUUACUCCAGUUUAUAUACCAAAAUUCACGUCAGCUUCUCAUUGAGUAAGUGAAACUACAUUAAAUAGAGUUCUAUGGAGUAGUUCAAUAGACAUCUUCAACUGAUCUUUACUACACAUCAAUGAAACUAUUCAUUCUAACUAUGUAACAGCUAGAUGUUGAAAUUCUCAACAAAAGAUAAAUCUUAGCAUAUUAUGAUGCUUUGCGUUGGUUUCACAUGUGAUUUUCUAUAUUUGAGCUUAGUAUGAGGGUGUGAGUGUGCGUCUCCGGUUGUUUAAAACCCACACCCACACACCCACACCCUAUAAAGUUAAAGUUUUGCCAGGUGGUCUUAGUAAAAAAGGCAAAAAUAUGAAACUUAAAUUUUACUUUUAUUCCUAUUAAACAAAAUUUUAUUUAGAUGUUCAAGCUGCUUUAAAGUUCUUUGUAAUGGAUCGAAUAGCAACUCAAUUAGAAAAAGAUCUUAUUAAAACAGUGAAAGAUCAAGAAGUAACAUACAGUUUACCUAGUGCCAAAGUUAAAUGUGUUCUUUCUUCUUAUAUUAAACUUAAAAAAUAUUCAAAUUUUUAUCUUUAUUUAUUUUUAUUUGAAGGAAAAAUAAUAGAAGAAAAAAACACGUAA